AUGAGCGAAUGGAAGCGAUUUAAAGAUCCUUCGGGGAAUUUCUACUACUUCAAUACGAGGUCCAAGGUAUCCACAAAGGAAAAACCAAAAGAGUUCGGAAGCCAGCAAGCUGGUAUGAAGGAAUUGAGAGUGCCAGUGUUCUGUUUACCUCUACGAAACUACUGGAACCUAGUGAUUUGUAAAGAUGGUUCCAAAUUCUUUCACAACGAUGAAUCUAAUGUGUCCCAAUUCAAACUGGCGGAUGAUGAGAGUAAAGCUUUGUUGGAUAAAGUUGAUACAUCUCUUCUUGCAUUGCUUAUAGGUGUAGCACGAGGGUUCAAUCUUCGAAAUGACCGUGACGUUUAUGGAGAGAUCAGAGAUGUUUUACAAGCAAAACUCGACAGUAACGACAAAGAACAAAACGAUAUCACUGAGGAGAGACCACAAGUAACAAAUUCUAACGUGGACACGGAAGAUAAAUCCGAAUCGAGUAAUAUUUUAGUUUCUGGUUACUCUUCCUCAUCAGAUGAUUCUGGUGAAGAAUCAGAGGUAGAAGAAAAGAAUGAUCCAUCUUCUAUAGAUGUUAAAGAAGAGGAUACGCUACCGUCGUUGAAUAACACGGAAAUAGAAUCUAAGUUCAUUCAAUUACUUAAUGAAAUUCAACUAGAUCCUUACUCAACUUGGUCGAUCCAAGCAAAGCGGAUAAUGCAUGAUCCACGCUAUUAUUUGAUUACUUCUAAUGACAAACGGGAUGAACUAUUUCAAACGUGGUGCUCUCAACAGCUCAAUAAUUCAAAUAAUGAUAAUGAAAAUAAUGCACAAGAUUCAGCUGAAAACUCAGAUGAAGAAGAUUCAGACGUUACUCUAGAACCAACAAAGUAUCACUACUUGGCACACAUUAUUUCAAAAGCGAAUAUCACUCCUGAAACCCUAUUCUCUAAUAUCAAGAAAGAAAAUAAAUCUCUUUUCAAAGAACUGGAAAUCAAUAAAACUCUUACCAAGAAAGAACAAGAACAGUUUGCUUCCAAGGUAAUCGCCUAUUACAAAAGAAUGGAUAACCUACAGCGCACUGAAUUAUUCAAAAAGAUGAUGAAAAAUAAACUUCGGUUUCCUCCGAUAUCGGAAAAGUUAUCGCAGUUGAUGCUAGAAGAGACACCGUCGGACUCUUUUAAGUUAGAAACUCAACUACUUCAAUUGGAGAACGCGCUACUUAUUCUUGAUAAUCUUCAAAAUUCCUACAUGCAAAAUGAAAUUAUGUACUAUAUUCUGGGUAUCAAAGACAAACUAGCCGCUCUGAAAGAAAUACUACGAGAUCAGUAUUCUAAAUAG